CUAAACAGUCGAUCCACAGAUGGCGAAGUGCAAGUGUUUAUUUCCUUGAUCAAGUCUUGCCAUAAAAGAAUGCUGUAUGAAUAACAUAUGCUGAAAUUGUUAAUUUUUUGAAUACUUUUCAAAUUGAUAAUAAUGGAAACAAAUAAGGAUACUGAGGUUAUAUUGUCAAAAGACGCGGAUGACGAUAUGGUGGCAUCGGUUGGAACUGUUAAUCUUAACAACAAGGAUACGGGUCAUCAAGGAAAAUUACAAAAACAAAAACACACCAAUAAUGAUGAUGAUGAUGAUGAUGAUGAAGCCAACGGUUCUGUCACUGAUGAAGAGAUUUUAGCGAACGAAGAUCAUAAAUCUUCUAGAAAAGCACAGAUGACGGUUGCCAAGACGCCUGAGCUCGAAGAGGUGGAUAUCGACGCGGCCAAUCAAAAUGUCAAAGUUAGCAAAGUGAGUCCGGAAGGAGAGGCCGUCGCCGUCGAUGAUCGCGUUGGACUCACAGCUGAGGUUGAUAAUAAUAGAAAGAAAAAAGAGAGUUGUAUCGAUUGUUUGCGUAGGUACUUCACUUGCAGAUGUUUACGAUAAGAGUGGCAAGAGGGUCAGAAACGAUGGCGUCAUACGGAAGAACUAUUAAAAAUGUACAUUCCAUCAUUGGACGUCUGUCAAGGACAUCUUAAAUAUUACGUGUUCUUGCUUGAAUGUGUGUUAUCCUUUGAAAAGUUUGUUUUGGCGCUAAUCAGAACUGUGAUUUUCAUACAAGUGUUUUCCUUGCGUUAAUGAUGGUUUAUAUUAAGACUUAUUUUUAUGUACUUUCGUGGAAAUUAGCAAGAUAUGAAAUCAAAAGCCAAACAGUGCUUUAAAGAUUCUUUAUGCACAUAAAUAACACGAGUAUUUUCAUUAUUUUAGUCACUUGAUUUAAAAUAAUAAAAACAUAUGUACCAGUUCUAUAGCAUUUACUAAGAUACGGCAUUAUCUAUACAUUAUACAGACAUAAUACAUGUGAUUGGGUGCCGUGUUUUGUUCUGUAAAAUUGUUAUGUUUAUUCCGUUAGUGGAUCUAAUAAAAUGCAAAAAAUGA